AUGACGCGCGCGCGCGGACGCGGCGCGCGCGUGGGGGCGGUGACGGCGAUGGGGGUCGUCGCGCUCGUCGGAUCGGCCUCGGCGAACGAUUCAACACCCAAGGAGGGGCCCGCGCGCGGACGCGCGCGUGCGGGCAUCGCCGCGCUCGGGUACGGGCUGGCGGAUGUCCAACCGAACGUGGCGGAGAAGUACUUGCCGCACGGUGCGCCGGGAUGGACGUGGACGUUCGGCGCGAGAGAGGGCUUGGAGUUUGAGUGCGGAGGAUCGAAGCCGCCUCCGCCGCCGCCGGCGCAAUCUAUUCGUGAAACCGCCUCGCUCGCGGGGAUGGAUCCGGAUGAGUACGACGACGGAGAGACGGCGACGGCUGGUUUGGUUGAUCAAACGGAGGACGAAGCUGGGACGUCGAAGAGGUUCAUCGUGCGAUACGGUACGUAUGGAAGCGCAUUUGACACGAACACGACCAAGUACGACGACGCUUGGUUUGAGAAUCCUGAGCACGCGGGGGACAUUAAGUGGACGUACGGCACGUGCGAACAGGGUGCAAUCGUUCGAUGCGUCCCAGAGUCGUUCGGGUACAUUGACCCUUUCCCAAGCAUCGCGGAGGGCGAGCCAGGGAAGAAGUGCCAGUGGAUCGAGGCGAGCACAAUCCCAUCGGAUCACUUGAACGGUACCUUCACCGGAGUUGAUAUCGAUGCAAACUCCGUGGAGGGCGCAGUGGAAUUGCACGUCGAGUUGACGAAUGAAAAGUGGCUGAAGAUGCGCUUUGCGCUCAUGCCCGCCAAGAAGCUCGCCCAGACGCUCAAGAAGUCGUUCCCAGACACUGUCGUUCACAGAGACCUAUUGUGGAACUGGUGCGCCGACGAGGGCGAGGGUGAAGACCACUGGUGCGCGUGCAACACCAUCAUGCGGUACGGCUGGACAGGCAACACCACACUCAGAGCUCCCAAGCCAAGCGUGGACGCUGACUUCCACAAGUGGACUAUUGUCGACGCGCGCAACGACAUGGGCGUCACGCCAAAACUCCCAUGCAACCACUACAAACUCGGCGGAGUUCGCCCGUUCCCGCUCCGCGGCGACGGAACGCGAAUUUGCCAGUGCCUGUCGAAUCAGACCCUGGCGGAGUACAACGCUGCUCUCCAGGCCGUGAUCGGCGGUCCCACCGUCCCGGGACAGACCAACUUGGACUCGGAAAACAAGACGCACCUCUUCAACAAGACGCAUCACGAAUUGGAUGCCAUCUUCGCACAACGAGGCCAUGCCCACAACAGCUCGGAGGAGCGACCGGAUUUAGGAAAUGCCGAAGAUGAAGAUUUCUUCGCGCGCGACCGACGCGAUCAGAGACGCAUCGAGGCGUCCCUCGGCCGUGAGGUUGAUGACGAGUACGAUCCCGAGUUUGUGGUUGACGCCGACGAGCGUCAUCAGAUGCACGUGCGCGACGUCGCCACCACCCUCUUCGGUGUCCUCGUCGUCGCCUCGCUCACCGUCUUCUUGGGCGUCGCCUAUCACAGAAGCACCGCCGAGCGCCGCGAGUACGAGGCCGUCCCCGAGCCGGAGGUGUAG